UCUAGUGGAAGUCUGAGUACGUCGAGUGAGCACCUGAGGUCAGUCGGCCCGGGAUUAAUCGUGCGGUUUAUAAAUCACGAACUUGCGUUAUUCUAUCCAUCCAUCAUAGUAGGAUGAACGAUUCCCAACCGCUUGAGACUGCUACUACAUCCAUCCAAGCACCAUCUGGAGCACCUGAUGCUAAAACACGUCGAUAUGACCGACAACUUCGACUUUGGGCUGCCUCAGGACAAGCCGCGCUCGAAUCUGCUCGUAUAUUGGUCAUUCCGGCUACGGCCACGGCAACGAGCAUUCUUAAGAAUCUCGUCCUACCAGGACUAGGUCACUUUACCGUUAUGGAUGAUAAAGCUGUUACUGGGGCCGAUGCUGGCAACAACUUCUUUCUGGACGGUUCAAAGAGUAUUGGCAAGUCUAGAGCUGAGGAAGCAGUCAAAGGACUGGUGGAAAUGAACGAUGGGGUCGAGGGCGUUGCGGACGUGCGGGAUAUCGAUGAAGUACUAAAAAAUGACCAGGGGUGGCUGAAAUCAUUCAACAUUGUCGUUGCUCACAACGUAGAUUCGGACGUCCUCGAUGAUCUUGCUGCAUUGUUAUGGCCAGAAACACAUCUCGUCGUUGUAAACAGCGCAGGGUUUCUUGCUGAAUUUUCUGUUCAUUAUCGGGAACACCAAGUCAUCGAAUCUCAUUCGGAAACUUCUGCGUCUUUACGGAUUGACCAGGCAUUUCCUGCUCUUCUUGAAUAUGCAAUGUCUCUUCCGCUUGAUACCAUGGACAUCACGGACCACGCACACAUUCCUUUCCCCGUCAUCCUCGUUCGCGCUUUAGAAGAAUGGCGUCGCGAGCGUGAACAAGUAACUGGUCCCUCAUCGGGUAUAGGUAGUCCCCGCACUUCAGCUGAGAAGAAAGCGUUCAAAGAGCGCAUUCGCGCGAUGAUGCGGAAGUUCGACGAAGAAAACUUUGAAGAAGCUGAGGCGCAAGCUUUCAAGUGCUGGACGCCGACUGUUGUACCAAGUGAAGUGAGAGAGCUUUUCACUCUCUACUCAUUAUCGAAACCUUCAUCCUCGACAUCAUCAAGUUUCGCAGCCCUUAUCUCGGCCCUUUCCCAAUUUGUUCAGAACAACCCGGCUUCACCGCAGUAUACCUCUGGUCUGCUCCCACUCACUUCAUCGCUCCCUGACAUGAAGUCCAGCACGGAAGAAUAUGUUAAAUUACAGAAAUUGUACAGGGCGCAAUCGGAAAAGGAGAAGCAGGUGUUCAAAGAUUAUUUAAGUAAAAGACAAGUUGACGUGGAUGAUGUAACUAUAGAUGUUUUUCUCAAAAACUCCCAUGCUCUAAAGGUCUUGAAAGGCAGAGAGUGGAAGGAUAUCAAUCCGGGAUCAAAGGAGCUUUUGGCGGACAAGCUUUCCACGAAUCCCAAGGAAGCUGCUAUACAUCUUGCACUCGCCGCAGCUCGUAAACUGAGGGCUCAGGGUGUUCUUCCCCUUUUUGAUCCAACUUCUGGACCAAACAACACUUCGAUAAAAGGGAUUCUGGAUCAAAAAAACCUCAAGGACCUUCUGACUGCUGAAGUGAGGACGUUUUUACCUCCUGGAACUGAACUUCCUGAGGCAGAUUGGUCUAUCAUUAGUGGUGAGAUUGCUCGUGCACCUUCUGCCGAUCUUCCAACUACGGCUGCUUUCCUCGGAGGACUCGUCGCGCAGGAAGUGAUCAAGAUGAUCACAAAGCAGUAUAUUCCGAUAUCUGCUGGGAACGCAGCAUCUACUGCAAAUGAACAGAUGGGGAUUUGCGUGAUAGACUUAGUGGAGACCUGGACAGGAAUACUUUGAGUCGGUGAACCCGACUGGAAUUGUAUGUACAUAAGUAGUAGCAAUUCACUUAUUUCCCACAGUCA